AUGGCGGCCACAGCACCCUUCCGCGUAGGCAUGAAAGAGAUAUAUCUCCCCAACUUCAACAUCGUCCUCACCCGCACCCCCUCCCAACCCCCCACCUCCGCCACCUUCCUCACCCCCCUCUGGUUCAGCAAGCUCGACCUCCGCGACUACCUCUACCACGCCUACGACAUCCGCAUCGGCCCGAGCAUUCGCUCCUACGUCCAACAAUCCGCCAUCCGCCAAGGCCAGGUCAAAGACCCCGCCCGUCCGCAAUAUAAACGUUGGCAUCGACCGCGCGCUACCAAGCGGAUAACGGUGGAGUUGGAACGGCCAUUUGUGUGGCCGAAAAUGCCGGAGGAUCUGGGGGAGUGGAAACCAGUGGAGAAUAAGAUGGCGGGGGUGGAGCAGCAGGGGAUGCAGGAACGGAUGGGCGGGGCGAGUGAUGCGUUUGCGGUGGAGGAGGGGAGGCGGAGGGGGAUGAGGGAGCAGGCGAGGGCGUUGCUUGAGGGGCGGGAAAAGUGGAGGCCGGGGGGAAAAUAA